AUGGAACCUCUGGGAGCAGCAACUGUUUUCCUGGUGAUUUGUGUCUCUUGCCUUCUUUUCUUUUCCGCAUGGAGAAAGAGGUCUGGAAGCGGGAAGCUGCCUCCUGGCCCUGUUGCUUUUCCCAUCAUAGGGAACAUGCUGCAGCUGAAUGUGAGGAACUUGCCCCAAUCUAUACAUGAGCUCAGUGCGAAGUAUGGCCCGGUUUUCACAAUAUACUUGGGCUCACUGCGGGUUGUGGUGCUGUAUGGGCAGGAGGCUGUGAAGGAAGCUCUGAUUGAUCAAGGGGAUGAGUUCAGUGGAAGAGGAAAACUGGCACUGGCUGACAAGCUUAUCAAAGGAGCAGGCAUUAUUUUCAGCAAUGGGGAGCGGUGGAAGCAGCUUCGCCGAUUUGCCCUCACCACCCUCAGAAACUUUGGGAUGGGGAAGAAAAGUAUUGAGGAAAGAAUCCAGGAGGAAGCCCGUUUUCUGGUGGAAAGGCUCAGAAACACACACGAGCGACCCUUUGACCCCACUAUCCCUCUCACCCAUGCUGUCUCCAACAUCAUCUGCUCCAUUGUCUUUGGGGACCGGUUUGACUAUGAAGAUCAGAAGUUUCUGACAUUAAUUAAACUCACAGAGAAAAACAAUGAAGUCUUUCGCUCUCUCCUGGGACAGGUGUGUUCACUGUACAAUUUUUUCCCAACUCUCAUGGAUUAUAUACCUGGGCCUCACCAGGUUAUAGUUAAAAAUUCGGAGGCGUUUACAAGGUUUGUUAGGGAGAGAGUGAAGAUGCACAAAGAGUCUCUGGAUCUUAGCUGCCCUCGAGACUUCAUCGAUGCUUUCCUCAUCAAAAUGGAACAGGAACAACAGAAUGGCCAGUCGGAAUUUAACACUGAUAACUUGGUAAGAUGCACAUUGGAUUUAUUCUUUGCCGGAACAGGGACAUCCAGCACCACCCUGAGACAUGGACUCCUGAUUCUUCUGAAAUACCCAGAAAUAGAAGAGAAAGUUCAUGAAGAGAUUGACCGUGUGGUUGGCCGAAGCCGAAGCCCCUGCAUGGCGGACCGAAGCCAGAUGCCCUACACAGAUGCUGUGAUACAUGAGGUGCAGAGAACCGCUAACAUUGUCCCGAUGGGUGUCCCACAUGCAGUGACCAGAGACACUCAUUUCAGACACUAUAUUAUCCCCAAGGGCACCACUAUAUUCCCUGCCCUGCAAUCAGUCCUACAUGACAGCAGGGAAUUUCCAAAGUCAGAGCAAUUUAACCCGGGACAUUUCUUGGAUGAAAAUGGUGCCUUUAAGAAGAGUGACUUCUUUAUUCCUUUUUCUGCAGGAAAGCGGAUUUGUGUGGGAGAGGGUCUGGCUCGGAUGGAGCUAUUUUUGUUACUGACAACGAUUUUGCAGAAUUUUACCUUGAAGCCUCUCAUUGACCCCAAGGACAUCGAUAUAACUCUAGUGAUGAGUUUUGUGUCAAAUGCACCAAAGCCGUACCAGCUCUGUGUUUUGCCUCGAUAA